AUGGAACAAAUUCUAUCAUCGGAACUCAGAGAGCGUUUUGCCACCCCUAAUUGUAUUCUCACAUCUGACCCGAGAGAGAGGAUCUGUUCGUUGUCUUUGGAGAUUUCGACGUAUUUUCAUUCUCUUUUUCGAGUUUGUGCUGCUAAUGUUAUGCUUAAAACACUGAAAAUGGCAAGUUUAGUGAUCAACCAAUGCAGUAGUAUUACUUACGGGUCUCAAGAGCAACUAUGUUCCCUUGUUCGGGGAUGGAGAUCCGUGCGGGAGAUCAAACAAGUUCGAAAAUUUGAAACACAGAAGCUCCAUUGUGUCUCCAGACAGCCGGAUAUCGCUGUUUAUAAUGACAUUAUCAAGGGCUUUUCUAGUCGCAAAGAAGACAUACAAAAGGUCAUGGAAGUGUAUUUUGAGUUGCUAGGCGGAGGCCUAGUUCCGGACUCGUACACCAUACCUUAUCUGCUCAAGGAGUGCACACGUUGUCGUGCAUUGGGCGAGGGACGCCAGAUUCACGCUCACGCAGUCAAGUUUGCUCUGGUGUCGAAUGUAUUCGUCAACAACACGCUGAUGAGAUUUUAUACCGUCUGUGGGGUUAUUCAUGCGGCUCGGAAGCUGUUCGACGUUUGUUCUCAGAGGGAUUUGGUCUCUUGGACGACGCUCAUUCAGGGAUUUGCGAAGAUGGGCUAUCCCAAGGAAGCUGUUGCUGCGUUCUUUCGAAUGUGUGAAGACAACAUAAGUGCUGAUGGAAUGACAAUGGUAGUUGUGCUCUCUGCGUGCUCCCAACUUGGGGAUUUGUCUCUGGGUAAAAAGAUUCAUGGGUAUAUGGUGCAUAAGAUUAGCAUCAACGAGGAUGUGUUCCUUGGCAACGCCUUGGUUGACAUGUACUUGAAAUGUGGCGAUGCUGAGUAUGCUCGUAAGGUGUUCGAAGGAAUGCCCAUUAAAAAUGUGGUCUCCUGGAAUUCAAUGAUAUCAGGACUAGCUCAGCAAGGAGAAUUUACGGAGGCCUUGGACAUAUUCCGUGAGAUGCAAGGUAUGGAUGUUAAGCCAGACGAUGUUACUCUGGUUGCUGUUUUGAAUUCCUGUGCUAAUCUUGGAAUGCUUGAGUUGGGGAAGUGGGUUCAUGCCUAUAUUGACAAAAUUCAUGUUGGGAGAGCAGAUGGGAUUGUAGGGAAUGCCCUUGUGGAUAUGUAUGCCAAGUGUGGAAGCAUUGACCAAGCCUUCAAAGUCUUCCAUGACAUGAAAUACAGAGAUGUUUAUACGUAUACUGCCAUGAUUGUUGGACUGGCAAUGCAUGGCGAAGCUGAGAGGGCAUUGAGCCUCUUCUCCGAGAUGCCUAGGAUGGGCAUAAAGCCAGAUGAAGUAACCUUUGUUGGUGUACUUUCAGCGUGCAGUCAUGCUGGACUAGUAGAACAGGGCCGUCAACAUUUUGAGGACAUGUCGAGCAUUCACGAUUUAAGUCGUCACAUGGAACACUAUGGUUGUAUGGUUGAUCUUUUGGGUCGUGCUGGACUAAUAAAUGAGGCACUACAGUUCAUAAAAGAAAUGCCUAUUGAACCUGAUGCCUCUGUGUGGGGAGCAUUACUCGGAGCUUGUAAAGUUCACUCAAAGGUCGAGCUUGGAGAAAUUAUCAUGAAAAAACUAAUGAAGUUGGAACCUGAGAGAGAUGGUGCAUACAUUAUCAUGUCAAACAUAUACUCCUAUGCAGAUAGAUGGAGGGACUCAUUGAAAUGGAGGAAGGUAAUGAAACAAAGAAAGAUGAAGAAAACUCCAGGGUGUAGUUCAAUUGAAGUUGAUGGUGAGGUUCAUGAAUUCCGUAAAGGGGACAAAUCACACCCCAAGAGUAAACAAUUAUACGAGUUACUGGAUGAAAUUACAAGUCAGUUGAUGAACUAUGGGGACUGGACACACGGCAAAGCAUUCCAUUGAUACAACAAAGACCUGUUAAUUGUACAGCACCAUUCUAUUGGUCGAUAUCAAGCAAUCUGAGGAGUCUUUGCUCAAGCAGCAAACUAGCUACAUAAUGGAAAUCAUCACAAAUGAAAAAUAACGUACAAGAGGAGAAAGAAGAAAUCAACUUUCUCUAGCUUCCCUUCCCAAUAUUGAAUUCUUGGGUUUGGCCUUGCAAUCUUGUGUGCUGGUACUAGAUACCAUUUGAGUGACAGGAAGACUCAAAUAGGUCCAAAAAAUGUAUGAGGAGACGGGUUGUUUUGAUCCCAACACCAUGCCUGAAGUUACAGAUGAUGGGUUUUCUCACCUGACUCAACCUUCACAAUUGGUGGGUGGUAGCACCACAAACAGUGUUGAAGAAGUCUCUUACCACCACCAUCACAAUAAACCUCUCCAAGUUGAUGCUGCUGCCGCUGCCAUUGAAAUUGACCUUCAACGAAAACUGGCCUUGUCCAAUGGGAUUAACAAUACCCAAUACCAUACCCAGAAUCAGAACCAAAUUUAUGAUCAAUCUAACCCUAACUGGGUUCAUGAAAUUGAGAUGCAAGACAUGAGUUUCAUCAAUCCUGACCAUCAACAGCUCCAAAUUGAUGACAACAAUAAUUACAACCAGUCUUCAAUCCCAACUCAAACCCAAGAAAUUCUCAACCUGUUCCAUCAAUUGCCUAGAUGCUCAGCUUCCUCUUUGGUCCCAAAUUCAUCAAUCUCCUUUUCAUUUCCAAUGGUGGAGACUAAUGCAUCGUCUUAUGACCCACUAUACCAUCUGCAGCCUCCAUUGUUGAGAGAGUUGUUUCAGUCUCUACCCCAUGGCAGCUACAGUUUGCCGGGCUCAUUGUUUGGGGGUGCAGGGGAUGAUCAGGAUCAGAGAGAUCAGCACGAUAAAGGGGGGUUCUCAGUUUCAAUGCAGGGGAAAUGC